GGCAGGCAGGCAGGCAGGCAGGCAGGCAGGCAGGCAGCUGGGUAGCUUUGCACCUGCUCCGAGGCUCCCGGCUCAGCACCCCAGCCGCCGGGCUCUUUAAGUGGGACCGGCCCCGCCCGCUGCCCUCCCUGUCACAGCCGGGCCUCUCCCGGUUCUCCUGGUAGCGGCCAUGGCGGUGCUGGGGGCGGUGUGGGGGCUGCUGGCGGCCCUCGGCCUCCUGGCCCUCGGCCUGUACUGCUGCUACGUGAGAUACAUCCACUCCAAGUACGACCACAUCCCCGGCGCCCCGCGGGAGAGCUUUAUAUUUGGACAUCUGCCAAUCUUGUGGAGAAUGCUGAGGAAACAGGAGUUUAUACAUGAUCUCUUCCUGCAGUGGGCAGAGAAAUAUGGACCUGUUGUACGGCUUAAUGCCUUUCACAGAGUCUCGUUAAUGAUUGUGAGCCCUGAAGGAGUGAAGGAGUUCUUGAUGUCACCACAAUACUCAAAGGAUCCGCUGGUGUACAGUCGUAUCUUCAGCAUAUUUGGCGAGAGGUUUAUAGGGAAUGGCUUGGUCACUGUUUGCAACCACGAGUCUUGGCACAAGCAGCGGAAGAUAAUGGAUCCAGCUUUCAGCCGAAACUACCUGAUUGGUCUGAUGGAAACUUUUAAUGAAAAAGCAGAGGAGCUGAUGAUGAAGCUAGAGGAAAAGGCAGAUGGAAAAAAAGAGUUUAGCAUGCUGACGAUGAUGAGCCGGGUGACUAUGGAUAUCAUUGCAAAGGUAGCCUUUGGCUUGGAACUGAACGCACUAAGCGAUGACCAGACGCCUCUCCCUCGUGCUGUGACUGUGGCUUUGGAAGGAAUGACCAAGACGCGCAUCCCCUUCAUACGGUACAUGCCAUGGAAACAGAAGCUGAUAAAGGAGGUCAAGGAGAGUGUGAGGCUGCUGCGGCGUGUGGGGAAGGAGUGUCUUGACCAGAGGAGAGAGGACAUCCAGAAUGGGAAGGAAGUCACCCUGGAUAUCCUUACACAGAUACUGAAAGGAGAUGCUCUGGAGGAAACUACAGAUGAUGAAAACAUUCUGGAUAACUUUGUCACUUUCUUUGUUGCAGGUCAUGAAACUACUGCCAAUCAGCUGUCAUUUACAGUAAUGGCACUGGGUCAGCAUCCUGAAAUACUGGAAAGGCUUCAGGCUGAAGUGGAUGAUGUUCUUGGUGCCAAAAGAGACAUUGACUAUGAGGAUCUUGGCAAACUCACCUACUUAUCGCAGGUUCUGAAGGAAUCGCUGCGGCUGUACCCGCCUGUCCCGGGGACGGUACGCUGGUUGGAGAAGGAGCACGUCGUCAAUGGCAUCAGAAUUCCUGCAAACACGACGCUCGUUUUAAGCACUUAUAUAAUGGGAAGGAUGGAAAGGUAUUUCAAGGAUCCGCUCACUUUCAACCCAGACCGAUUUAGCAAAGAUGCACCUAAGCCGUAUUACUGCUAUUUUCCAUUCUCCCUGGGACCUCGAUCCUGCAUCGGGCAGGUGUUUGCACAGAUGGAGGCAAAAGUGGUGAUGGCAAAACUGCUGCAGAGGUUUGAAUUCCAGCUGGUACCCGGGCAGAGUUUUCAACUCGUGGAUGCUGGGACCAUAAGGCCACUAGAUGGAGUAAUGUGUAAAUUAAAGCCCAGGAGCUGUUCAGGAAGCUGCCAGGCGUGACUACGCGGUGAAGUAGCGUGACAUGGUAGUGGUAGCAAUUCUUCUGAUUUUGAAGAUCUUCACACUAAUCAAAGGUUGGAUUUUGCAGGCCCCUUUAGAGGGUUGCUAGGCUAAUUCUUUUACCUAGCCUUCCUCAUAAUUUACUGAAGAAAACUUUAGGUGAGUCACUCUAGAUAUGUUGGAGCAUCUUUGAUCUAGACGCAUACCUGGAAUUGCAAAGCUUGUUCUUUUCCUGAAGGACUAUUUGGUUCUGACCAGACUUGGAAGAGAAUGUCCUUUCACUGGAGUAUCCCUGAGGCUCCACACGAACCUAAACUCAAAUCCCAGCUGAUUGUUUCCACUAACUUGACUUACAACACAAUAUGGUGUAAGCAAGCCCUUGUUUGAGGAAUUUCAUAGUAGACCUCAAGAUUUGGGCUGAACUUGAGAAGAUAAUUUAGCUAUUCUCUUGGUCAAAGAAAUUUUCCUGUCCUUCCUCUAAAUGAGAGGAACAAUUGAUAAAAGCAAUCUGAAACAACAGUUAUUUUAACCUGGUUCAUUUUCCCCAUCUGGCUCAUCCCAAAGCUACAUGAAUUCUUGUACCAAAGGGUCUAAUAGGUACAGCAGGCUUGGAAGUAGGUGCCUGGAACCAAAUGCUGCUUAAAAUUAUAUUGCUGCUGAAGAAACACCUGUGCAACUUGAGCCAGGAGGCAGGGGAAGGUCCUGCACCCCCUUUUUUUGCAGCUCUGCCAAAAUCGCUCACUGUGUACAGGCUUGCAGCCUGGCUCUGCUAGGGAAAAAUGAUCGUGUGAAAAUGCUGCCUUCCAGAAACAGGUGAAUAAUGUGAGUUUGGGCCCCGAAAUACAGGAAAUUCGAGACAUCUGAUGCUUCCACUGUUACUUCUUACCUUUUUGAAUUAAAAUGGUAAGAAUCUGAUCUGUACACUGUCAAGUUCCCAUGGUGGUUUCCACACCAGGAGAGUCAAAUUCCAGAGCUUUCCCUGGUUGUGCUGCUUUUUUGCUCUAUCUCAGUGCAGUAGUGGGAUAACAGGCCAAUAAGGUUGAUGUGGCUUUUGAUAACAUAACCAAUGUUGUACAGUGUAUUAAUAUGACUUAUACCUGGAGGUACCAAUACUUGUAUUGCUAGGGAAGGCUUAGUCUAUCUGUUGGUAGACCAGCUCUUCAAUCCCUUGUGCUAAAGAUCGGCUUAUAUCUUCCUAGACAUUAAUAAAAUCUGAUUGGGAAAACUGA